AUGGCCGAUCCAGUGGACUCGAUGCUCGACCUUAUGCGGCGUCUGCCGCCCACUCGGGUGGAGGAGAACGUCAACGCGCUUAUCCAGCUCUGCCCGGACUAUGCUGAUGAUCUCCUGGGCAGCGUCGAUCAACCGCUCAAAGUACACACAGAUCGUGCUACUGGUAGGGAAUAUCUCGCGUGCGACUACAAUAGGGAUGGGGACAGCUAUCGGUCACCGUGGUCCAAUGAGUAUGAUCCACCGUUGGAAGACGGCACAACGCCGUCUCCCAAGCUUCGGAAGCUCGAGAUUGCGGCCAACGAAGCCUUUGAUACCUACAGAGAAAUGUACUACGAAGGGGGCGUAUCGUCUGUAUAUCUAUGGGAGCUCGACGAUGGUGGAUUCGCGGGGGUCGUUCUGUUUAAGAAGGUGAUGAAUCCGUCAAGUCCAGACAACCCUUCUGGUUCAUGGGAUUCGAUACACGUAUUCGAAACGGCAGAGCGUGGCAGGCAGGCCCAUUACAAGCUUACUUCCACCAUAAUGCUGCAGCUCGUAACGCGGCAAAAUAACAAAGGAUCUGAGGAUGCUUCGUCAGUUACUGCUGGUUCUGACAAGAAGAAUUCGGAACAACAUGGCAAAAAGAUGGCUGGGGAGGUGAACCUGAGCGGAAGUAUGACCCGGCAGACCGAGCAAGAUUGGCCGCUGCACGACGCAUCUUCUCACAUUACGAACACCGGGAAAAUGAUCGAAGAGAUGGAGAUAAAAAUGCGAAAUCUCUUGCAAGAAGUAUACUUUGGGAAGACACGAGAUAUUGUAUACGAUCUACGAAGUAUCGACGACUUGGAAAGGGCACGGAGGCAAAGGGAAUUACAGAAAGAACUCGUAGGCUUUAUCAAGCGGUAA